GGCAUUGUGAAGACAAAAAGAACACGUUCAAGAUGAGUCAAGCCCGGGAAUUGCUUGUUUCGCCAUUGGUCCAAGAAAGCUGUUGCCGACCAAUUGGUAUUUCUUGACGAGCCUGCAAGAUCAACUACUAUUUGAGAUUGAUUUCUGGUCAUUUUGGAGGCAAUGGCGAAGCAGCAGGCCACUCUGGCGGCGACGGGAGGCGGCGACUCGUCCAAGGUCGACCUCAAGCCUUUGCUCACUCGGCUCUGGCCCCUGGGCCACCCCAAGCCCGUAACGGCAGACGAGAUUGCCGAGGCCAUUUCGUAUUUCUUCACGAACCAGGUGUCCGAAGUCCAAGCGGGAUCUCUGCUCAUGUGUCUGCACUUCACCGGCCUCGACCGGCAGGCCGACGUCCUGGCCAGGACUGCGACGACGAUGCUCAAGGCCGCCGCCCAGGUGGACGCCUUAGCUCUCCGCUCCGUCGUUGAGAAGCGCGGCAGGAGGGAGGGCGCCUAUGACGGUGGGCUAUGUGAUAUUGUUGGGACUGGAGGCGAUUCGCACAACACCUUCAACAUCAGCACUACGUCGUCCAUCCUCGCCUCGAGUCUGCUGUUGAUCUCCAAGCAUGGCAACAAGGCCUCGACCUCCAAGUCGGGGUCCGCAGACUUGCUCAACUGCAUGCAGCCCCGCGCCCCGCAAAUAUCGCGGGUCCGGCCAGACACCAUCGCCAAGGUCUACUCCGAGACCAACUAUGCCUUUCUCUUUGCCCCCAUCUUCCACCCGGGCAUGAAACAUGUAGCUCCCAUCCGGAAGCAGCUGCCCUGGCGGACCGUCUUCAACCUCGUCGGCCCGCUCGCAAACCCAGUGGACUUCCCCGACACCAAGGCUAGUAGCGACUCGGCAGCUCCGACGACGUUGUUCGAGGCCCGCAUGAUUGGCGUGGCGCGCAAGGACUUGGGGCCCGUGUUCGCCAACGCCCUCCAGCUGAUUGGAGCACGCAAGGCCAUGGUGGUGUGCGGCGACGAGGAGCUCGACGAGAUCAGCUGUGCCGGGCCCACGCUCUGCUGGCGACUGAGCCUGGAUCCGUCCAGCCCGCAAGGGACGGCCGUAGAGCACUUCCUACUGCAUCCCAGCGACUUCGGCCUGCCCGCUCACCCGCUCUCAACUGUCUCGCCGGGGAAGGAGCCCACCGAGAACGCCGCGAUUCUUACUCGGAUUCUGAACGGCCAGUUGCCCGACGAUGACCCCAUUCUGCAUUUUGUGCUCAUAAACACGGCUGCGCUGUUCGUCAUAUCGGGGAUCUGUGAGGCUGACAGUAGCAACAUGGGCCACGGCGAUGAUGGAGCAGUCAUCCAAGAGCGUGGGCCUGGAGGAGGUCGCUGGAAGGAGGGAGUCAGGAGAGCGCGAUGGGCCAUCAAGAGUGGGGAGGCCGCAAGACAAUGGGCAAACUUUGUAGAUGUCACGAACAGCUUUAGUGACUAAUGUGCUGCUCCUUCAAUAUCACCGGUUCGAGCGUAUCAUGACUGGAGCUGGUGUGUUAGAUGUACUAAAUUAUAUUUCGUCUGCUCCAAAGAGGGACUUCCACAAUAAGAUUUAUCACAAAAGUGGAAUGGCUCAUACCUAUCACCACGUACACAUUAAAGUUCAACCCAAGCAUUUG